AUGACAACAAAUUAUAUUAUCGAAAAAGAGUUUUCUUGGGACAAAAAACCAAUAGUCAAAUUUGGUACUAUCGAGAAUAUAGAAGACACUCCUGAUCGUGUAUCUAAGGCGUUAGCGUCUCUAGGCAAGGAAUGUAUGGAUUUCAUUGACAACAAAGAGAAUGCCUUGUUUAAGAAAUCGUAUAGAAUAGAAAUAGUUCCUGCGGAACAUCCUCAAUGGGAAUUUCAACUAUACUUUCCAGCGGAGACCUGGUUUGACAGGUUAUAUUACGUUAAAGCUGAAAGCGCUGAAAAGAAAAAUAAGGUGUUAGCUACGGCUAGGGAAUAUGUUAAUAGCGUGAGAAGUUCAUACAGACCAUCGAUUCCUGAAACAUCAUUGACUCCUGUUCUCUCAAAAAUUUAUUGUGCGACACAUGCAAAUUGCAUUAUAAGUAAAUAUCCACGUACAUCUUUACUUUAUUUAUUAGACAAAAUCACUAAUAUUAUAACAUGUUCAGAUAAUAAAAUCGGCGGUAGACAUGACCCUCGUUAUUCUGAGCCUAAUAUUUUCUGUAGAAAAAGUGAUGUGUCUCAGCGGUCUAAAACACCAACUAAGUGUAACUGGUACGCAGAAAACGAACGAAUUGUGUCUCGAAAAUCAUCAACAUACGUUAUACUAUCAAGACAAGAACACGUCAGAGAAAUACUC